UUUCCGGAUUCUCCUCCUGGCAAUAUAAAUACAGCUGCGCACUUUUAUCAUCAGAAACGUGUUCACAACGUUAUAAUAUAGCAGUCAACGCGCGAGAAAAUCACUUUAACAGCUACUCAAGUGUAACAAGUUUUCUUUCGUUGUCACUGGUUUUCUCAUCUGGACAAUGCCAUUUCUUGGACAAGACUGGCGGUCUCCUGGUCAAAGCUGGGUGAAAACCGAGGACGGCUGGAAAAAAACGACGAAAGAUGAGAACGAGACGAAUAACAAUGUUUCGGAACGGAAGAGCUACUGCAAAGAAGAGCAUGACAAGGAGAAUUUGAUCCUCAGCAUUAAUUAUGAUGUGGCUGCAAAGAAGCGAAAGAAGGACUUGCUGAACAACAACACAAAGAUUCCUUAUUUUCACAAAGACAAAUGGAUUUAUGUCCACAAAGGGAGCACCAAAGAGCGUCAUGGAUAUUGUACUCUGGGCGAAGCAUUUAAUCGCUUGGACUUCUGCAGUGCCAUCAAGGACACCAGGCGAUUCAAUUAUGUCGUAAGGCUGCUGGAGCUGAUCGCCAAGUCCCAACUGCCUUCACUGAGCGGAGUGGCACAGAAAAACUACAUGAACAUUCUGGAAAGGGUUGUGCAGAAAGUUCUUGAGGAUCAGCAGAAUGUUCGACCGAUCAAGGAACUGCUCCAGACGCUAUAUGCGUCGUUGUGCAGUCUGGUUCAGGACAUGGGCAAGUCUGUCCUGGUGGGGAACAUCAACAUCUGGGUGCAUCGCAUGGAGAACAUACUGCAGUGGCAACAGCAGCUUGACAACAUUCAGAUCAACAGGCCCACGAACACAGGAAUGACCUUCCUUGAUCUUCCGGCUAGCUUACAGCUGAACAUCAUGCACUGUCUCUCAGACGGACGAGAUCUGGUCAGCCUGGGACAAGUAUGCCCUGACCUAAGUGCGCUGACAGAAGAUCGGCUGCUGUGGAAGAAACUCUGCCAGUAUCACUUCUCAGACAGACAGAUCCGCAAGCGCCUAAUGGUGUCAGAUAAAGGACAUUUGGAAUGGAAAAAGAUGUAUUUUAAGUUGUGUCGGUGCUACCCUCACAAGGAGCAAUACAGCGACACAUUACAGUUCUGCACACAUUGCCACAUCCUGUUCUGGAAGGUGAGACUAAAUUCAUUUCUAGCUCUUCACAUUUUAUUUAGAAAAACAUCACUUUUUUUGUUUUUCAUUCAUAGUCCUUUUAUGGCAAUAACUGAAAUGUUCUGUUCACUUCAGGAUACAAACCAUCCUUGCACUGCCAAUAACCCAGAGAGCUGCUGCAAGGCCGUGUCUCCACAGGGUUUCAUCAAUCUUUUCAAGUUCUAGAGGGCACUGCAUUGCUGCCAUGUAAAUAGUGUUAAUAGUGCAAAGGAUUCCUGGAUGACUUGAGGCGAGGGAAAAAAAUGAGGUUGCAUUAGAAGCAGGUGUCAUAAUAUUUGGUGGAGAAGUUGGAAACUGAAUGUACUCUAAAUAUGUAAGAUGAGAAAUUAAAAAGCUGUGUUGGGGGUCUGUGUAUUUAUGAAGGAUUUAUUUUUUAUUUAUUCAGCAUGGAUCGUGUUUACUUAAAGAAAAGUUACAUUAAGGAUAGGAAAAAGGGUGUUUAAAUUGAUCCUACAUGUAUAAAAAGUUGCCCUUGUGCUGUCAGGAUUCAAAGGUUUCUUCUGUGAAUGUAAUAUAGGUUUGAUUUUGGUAACACAAACAUUUAUUGUUUGAAUUUCAGAUAGCAUAAUUGGUGCUUUAGCAAGUGCAUGGGAAUGUUUACCAAAAUGGCCUUAACACUGGUGUGCAAUACUUUUCUAAGUGCUUUUUUUUUUUUCUUCUGUUUUUCACUUUUAUACAUUUGAUAUUUUCAGUGGUUUGCAAUUUAAACGUGUUUGUUUUUCCAAACAAUAAAUACAUGAGUAUGUUGUAAUCAGAUCUGAAGUGUAAACUCGUCAAAGGUGCCUUAUUCUGAGUGGUCAUAAGCUAAUUUUAAGCUGUCAUUCAUUUGCAGAUGGUUAUUUCUGAAUAAAUCUUCUAAAUCAUGUUCAUUCAGCUUUAUAUGGGAAUCGAUGAAUAAAGUAUUUCUAUAGA